CUCAGUUCCUCCUGGUAACAGCCAAUGACAAGCAAGUGCUCUCACUGUCUACUACAUAUUCAAGCUAAACCUGCACACUGCUGCGCUCGACGGUUUUGCAACGGCUGUUUGAACACUUUAGUCGUCUUUUUCAAAACUGUGCAGUGCGAAUGAGAAUGAUAGAAAUAGAAACCGAAAGAAAGCGAGUCAAGAUACAAAACAAACAAUUACCGUCGCCGCUCGCGUUUCAUGUCACGCAGAAAUGCUCGUCUUUGUAACCUUCGCUUUUCUUGUAGAUUUAUCCUGGGCUCUCCCAACUGAUAUUAUUAUUAUUCAAUUCGAGCGCAGUGUUUUGCUAAACGGGACUGUAGUGGAGAGGAUCCUUGUCAAUGAUACACAUUUAAAGGGACAGUUCGACGAGCAACCUGUUGUCAGACCCAUCCAAGAUGAAGUCCUGAAGAUGAUGGUGGAGAAUGAUCCUGCAUCAGCAACUUUUGGCACAUAUAUACGCUUGAGGGAAUGCAAGCUAAAAGGAUAUCGAGUCCUGCAGCUGUCUGACCGGUUUCAGCUCAAUGGCAAAGAUUAUCUGAUUUUAGAUUCAGACACUGAUUCGUGGACAGUGUUGAUACCAGAGGCGCAGGAUCUAAAGCAGUCAUGGACGCUUAAGGCCGAGUAUGCGAGUCUAGAGAAAACUUACCUGAAAGAAGAAUGUGAGGAGUUCAUCAAGCAAAUGAAAAACACCCAGAAUCAAGAAGGCCUUGGUGUGUUAAGAGUGAUGGCUCCAGUUCUCGCCACUUUAGUCUUCAUUGGAUUUGUCUUUAUGAGCCUCCUUAUCUUCAAGCGACACGGUCAUCAGCCAGGAGGUGUUUUAGGCUCAAUUAUCCACUAUCCAGCUCAUCAUCUUGAAGUACCAUUGGACAGACAGAGCCAAAAGAACAUCUCUCAAGUUCCAGCGCUGAAGGAUCCUUAUUAGCAAGCACCUAACCUGCUCGUCCACAUUAUUGUGAAGAGAGUCAACUCUUUGUCAUGAUUUCAGAAGUCUGAUUUCAAUGUUUAGUAAUAGAAUUGUUCCAAUUUAUAUAACCAGUAUAUAUAAAAAAGUGUUUUUUCUUGAGAUUAUCUUAAAAGCUUAAUUUUCAAAAUUGUGUUAAUAUUGUAUGCAUAACAUACUGUUGAGGACUGCUCUUGCACAAAAUUUAACAACAAUUUUUGUGCCUCCAAAAAGCAGUUUCAGGUUUUAUAUAGUUAUUUUUUACUGUAGUUGUAGUUUUUUAUGCUACUAACUGAUAUUCAGCAGUUUUAUAUAUAGCACAGUCUGAUUCAUUUUGUUGUGUAAUGUCAGCUAGACAUUUUCCCUCACUAUUGUAUAAAACAGCAUCAUAUUUAAAGGCACCUGUAUACCAAAAGAUUUUGUUAUAUCCAACACUAGCAGUAAUUUUAUUGUGAAUUUAUGCAAAAAGACCAAAAUCAGCAAAUAACCAAAUAAAACUUUUUUUUUUUUUUUAACCUCAUGAUAGGUCUGCUCUUUCAUUAUUUAUUGCACGUUUUAUUUAUUUUCUAUAUAAAGAUGGACUACAUUUAUUUAAUAUAACUCAAAUUGUGUUAUAGAAGUGUUGUAUAUUAAAAUAUGAGUUAUAUAA